GUGUCCGUGUUCCGCGAUGCUGCCCGCCCAGGAGGCCGCCCGGCUGUACCACAGCAACUACGUGCGGAACUCUCGGGCCAUCGGGGUGCUGUGGGCCAUCUUCACCAUCUGCUUCGCCAUCGUCAACGUGGUGUGCUUCAUCCAGCCCUACUGGAUCGGGGACGGGGUGGACACGCCGCAGGCCGGCUACUUCGGCCUGUUCCACUACUGCGUGGGCGGCGGCGGGCCGGGCCGCGAGCUCACCUGCCGCGGCACCUUCGCCGACCUGGCCACGCUGCCCUCCGCCGCCUUCCAGGCCGCCUCCUUCUUCAUCGGCCUCUCCAUGAUGCUCACCGUCGCCUGCAUCGCCUGCUUCGCCCUCUUCUUCUUCUGCAACACCGCCACCGUCUACAAGAUCUGCGCCUGGAUGCAGCUCACCUCCGCUGCCUGCCUGGUGCUCGGCUGCAUGAUUUUUCCGGUCGGCUGGGAUUCCGCCGAGGUCAGACGGAUGUGCGGCGACAAGACAGACAAGUACACGCUGGGGGCUUGUUCGGUCCGCUGGGCCUACAUCCUGGCCAUCAUCGGGAUCCUGGACGCCCUGAUCCUCUCCUUCCUGGCGUUCGUGCUUGGGAACCGGCAGGACGGCCUGAUGGCGGAGGAGCUCAAGGCGGAAAACAAAGAGGACGGAAAUGCUUAACCCAAACCAAGGUAGCGUGAGACCGAAUAGCUUCUGCUAAGCCACUAUUCUCUAGAAUGAGCACAAAACAAAACGAGUAUCAGCUUUUGUACAUCAACAUCCAACGGCAAGGCGCUUGGGAGAGAGGACCUCAGACGGAGACGAUCGCCGACGCGCGGGAAACACCAGCCCCCGCCGUCUCCACCCAAACCGGCAGAGUCGGCAAGUGAUUUUUCCAGAUCGCAACGCCAUCGCGGUUCAAACCACCAGCUCGUUAGCGACCGUCCUCGAGUAAGAUCUUCAGAGAAGCGCGCGAGAAGUCACACGGGGGGGGAACGCAUUUAGGAAGAGGGAUGUGGUUGUCGCCUGAACGACGGGUAAAAUCUACACACGCGCCCAAGAGGUUUGUAAAACCGUCUUUUUUUAAUUGAACCGAAUACACCAACAGCUUUAAACUUGGACCAGCCUGGCGACGGCCGGUGGAAAAACCCCUCUCGUCUGAGACGGCUGAAUGUUUUCUUUUCCAGCACAAUCUCCGCACUUGCUUCAUCUCCCCGUGUAAUUACUUCUAAGUAUUCAGUUAACCGAUGUAAAGCUCCCAACUUUCACGGCGUCUGCCAAACUUAAUCCCGAGGAAUUUUUCUGACACGCACCGUGCUUCUGCCGGUCGCCGCGGGCGGGGGACGUGCCCGCCAACUCUGUUGCGUCGUACUCUCCCAAGCGCUCGGCGCGGUGCUCCGCACGCAGUAAGCGCUCAGUAAAUACCGUCGACCGAUUCUGCGGAAAGCAAGUGUUUGGGAACGAUCAAAGCGAGCCUCCGGGCCACCCGGCAACCUAGACCUCUCUACCUUUCAAGCAACCGGAUCGAGGGAUUUCUGGAGAAUGUAGACAACCCAUUAACCCUCAACCGCUCGGAUGUAACAUAGAGGCUGCUGUUCAAUAAACACUUUUUUAUUUCUUCCUAGGGUAUGCAUAGUCGAUGAAAAGUAGGUAUCGCCCCUCUCUGUGUUCCUCAUGACUCCCAGAUUAGAUUGAACUUGACCUGAAUCUAGCGUUGCUUUUUUUUUUUCAAUUAAAAGAUGCCUAACGAACACGCCUACUUCUAACAUAGGAGGGUUCGUAAUUAAAUAGCCUUAGGGAUAGAUCAGAGUACUUAGAAAGGUCAUUUCAGAACAUUCGGGUGUGUUUCAUUGACGCGGAGAGGCGACGGUGUCCCGUUAGCCAAUCUUAUUAGGAAUAUCCCUCCUCUUCCUCUCUCUUUCCCACCCGCCGCCCACUGGGAAGUCCAGCUACAACCCUCAAGACACCCCUCCGCCCCCCAUCCUCACAUUCAACCGCCCACAGGGAUGGGCCAGAAACACGGUCCUGCACGUUCAACCCACCGGUGGCUGCCAUUCAAUCGGCAAAUCCCCGUUGAUCGUCCAGUCGCCCCAUCUCCCCACCCCUACCAUGGGGCCAAGCGUACGAAGUCAAGGCCCGGACCAAAGCGAAGCAGAGUAUCGACGCUGGAAGUGCCGGACGGGACGCCUCCGCCGAUGCUGAUCACCUCCCCACGUCGGUGAAACACGCUCUUAGAAAGGCAGGCAAAGCAAUUAGCAGGACGGAGGUGGGGAAAUUGGCUUUCUCCGUCCCCUAAGCAUCGUUCGAUGCCUUCGCCGUUCACCUUCACCCAAGCUGGGGUUUCCAGUCUCGGUUCCGCUCCGGACCGUGACUGAUCCCCAAACUACGAGCGUCGGCCGUCUUCUCCCCCCAUCCCAGCCCCUUGGGCGCCGUCGUCGCUGGAUCGGGAAUUUCCCAUUCCGACCGGAGAUCCCGGUUGCGAUUGUCCAGACGGGCCCGACGGCGAAGACGCACAAGGGAAUCCAAUGAGAACAACAAAACGUUGGAGAGUGCCAAAGCACCCUCUAGACAGAUUGCUAAACUAGCCGCCAUCCAACCUUAACCUAAUUUCACGGACCCCCCUCUCCCGCCGCCAUCCCCGGGCUCUGUAGAUCGGUCAGUGACGUGUGCCAUUUGUACAUACACCAAGCCAACUGUUCCAGAUCCUGUAAAUCGUUAAAUGUCAACCGAGUAUGGAAAGUCCGUUUUUAUCUUUUUAAAAGUGACCCCCUUUCCCAUUCCGUGCCAUGGUACUGUGUCCGGAACGUUGUGUGUGAUUUUUUUUAAGGUCCAGGAAAUGUAAAGAAAAUUGUUGGGAUACCUGACUUUCUGUAAAAAAAACAAAAAUAAAAAGAAGUUUUUGUUACUUAAAA